CGCCAAAUCCGAGCCGUAACCCGGAAGUGACCGCAGCUCCUGUUGUUUACUAGAGAGAGCAGCGCGGAGCAGACAGCCCGACCAUCGCUCUCACAGUACAGUCACACGGAGAAAACACACCCGGAGCAGAAAUGUGUGAGGAGCAGACGGUGUCUCUGGUGGACGUCCUGGAGGAGGAUGAGGAGUUGGAGGAAGAGGCUUCAGCGGUGCUGGGAGGAAGCGAUUCAGACCACUGUUCAUACCCACAGGGCUACGUGAAGCGGCAGGCGCUGUACGCCUGCAACACCUGCACGCCCAAGGGAGGCGAGGCUGCAGGGAUCUGUUUGGCGUGUUCCUACAAAUGUCACGAGGGUCACGAGCUCUUUGAACUCUACACCAAGAGGAACUUUCGCUGUGACUGUGGAAACAAGAAGUUCCCAGAUCUGCAGUGUAAACUUCAGCACGACAAGGAGGACGUGAACAGUCUGAAUAAAUACAGUCACAACUUCUUUGGCGUUUACUGCACCUGCAGACGGCCGUAUCCAGACCCGGACGACCAGGAGGAAGACGAGAUGAUUCAGUGCGUGGUGUGUGAGGACUGGCUGCACGCCAAGCACCUGGGCUGUGCGGUUCCAGACUGUGCGGAGCUGCAGGAGAUGAUCUGUGAGUCCUGUAUGAACCAGCACUCCUUUCUCUGGACCUAUGCUGCUCACCUGGCAGUGCCAGCAGAAACAGACGCAGCAGCAGCAGCAGCUCCGGUGAAGGAAGAAUCGGCAGCAGAAGGGUCAAAUGUAAAGGCUCCUAAAAAGGAAGAGCAGGCUGAUGAUGUCACGGAGCCCAGCUGCAAGCGAAGCCGCGACGAGGCGGAGCCGAGCUGCAGACUGAAGGAGCUGCAGUCGGCGGGUCAGAAGAGAGUCCAGUCCGGAGCCGUGUUCUGGCCCUCCGUGUGGCGCUCCAAACUCUGCUGCUGCAGCAGCUGUCAGGAGCAGCUGUCUGAAGCGGGACUGUCCUUCCUGUUGGACGAGUCUGAUACCGUCCUGGCCUACGAAAACAAGGGGAAGAACAACGAGCAGGGGCAGCAGGGACACGACCCUCUGAUGUCGGCGCUGGACAACCUGAACCGAGUCCAGCAGCUGGAGAUCAUCCACGGGUACAAUGACAUGAAGACGGAGCUGAAGGACUUCCUGCAGAGGUUCGCCGCUGAAGGAAAGGUCGUGACCUCUGAGGACAUCCGGGAGUUCUUCGAGCAGCACAGUCGCAAAAGACGGCGGGUGGACGGGCCGGCCUUCUACUGCUCCUGAUCUGCUCCUGAUCUGCUCCUGAUCUGCUCCUGGUCCCCUGACUUCAUCCCCGCCACAUAUUUAUGCAUUUCUGGACUUGUUUUUGACCUUCGUCUCCUCCGUCAUGUUUCUGGAUGUUUUAACGUUGUUAACGUUGUUUUAACGUUGUUAAAUGCCUCUUAGUGUGGUAUUUUCCUUUAAAAGAAGAAUAAAAGUGAGCUUGAGUAA